AUUAUUCAGUUUCUUCUCUGAGUGUCGGGCUAGCAAGCCAUGGGGUUUGGGUUAUUUCGACUAUGUCUAAACUCUUAUUUUAUUUCCUGUUAAAUAACAAUUGUUUUGCACACUUUGUACCAGUCUUUGUUAUUUAUUUUGAAAGUGAUUACUUUUAGAAGGGUUUUGCUUUGUUAUUUUGCAGCCUUGUGAUUUGUAAAGGAACUUGGUAUCUUAAUCUUAUUACUAUAAGGUUUAAGGUUUGUUUGGGAGGGGUUUUAGCUAUAUUACUAAACUCGGCCAUUUCGGCCGUUAUCUCAACAUGCAAUAUCACAAAAAAAAAAGUGUUAGGGUUAGGCCAUGACAUUCUGGCACAGAUGGGUGACUCGGCUGGAACAGCCGCGAUAAUGAGAUUUGAUUAAGAAUGCCACCACUUUAAAAGCCGUCGAGAACACCGCAUCAUCUGUUUACGAUGUUGCUCUUAAAUGAAUACUUCAUGAAUUUUCAGUAAUUUAAUUUAGUUUUUAACAAUUAUGUGUUUAUUAGUAUCAACCGUAUUAGUAUCCACAUCACUAAAAUGACGUCUGUUCUGCUCCCCGCUCUCGCUCCAAUUUUGAGGAUGGCCUUGCCGCACCGCUAUCUGAAAUUGAUAACAUAGGGUUUUAGGAGAGAAAAGGUAAGGGUUAUGAUAAUCCCUUCAGUUGUAUAGGAUUGGGAGCACUUUAAAACAAGGGUAGGGUUAGAGAAAUUUUCAAAAUCCUUCCAAAACCAUUUUUACAGAUUUUUUUUCUCUACAUCGGAAGUUUUGACAUUCAAACCAAAUGAGAGUCCAUCCUCCUUCCAUUUCGUUUCCCCCAAACUCUUUCCUUCCCAACUCACAAACAAAGCCUUAGGGAAGAAUUCUCUUAAAUAUAGAACAUAUUCAGGUAAUGUUGGACGACUGACUACCUUGAUGGUCCACUCUCCACUCUACUGUUAAUACAUAUUGAUAUUAGCGUUUUAUAGGACAAACACCUUCAGAGAAUAUAUCAUUGGUUCAUCAGUUUACAUACUGUUAAAUUGUCUACAAAAUUUCUUAUAUUUUUAAUUAAUACAUAUCGAUAUUUUAAUAUAAAAAAUAUCAGCUUUUUAUGUGCUUAUUGAGGAGCAAAAUUUCCAUAAUCUGCAUGGAAUGUCAAAGGUAGAGAUUACGUAGAAAUACAAUGUAUUAUUGGUCGAUAAUUACAUUCCAUGUUUGAAUGCGGUAAAUAUAUAAAAUUUUAAAUUCGUGUGGUUGGGAUAUAGAAGUAAAUUAAAUUAAAGCUUUGGCAGAUGAUCCAUGCUUGCAUAGACAGCCACUUAAGGCCCUUGGAUGCUUCUCUUUGAGUUGCCAUAUCGUCGGCUAUAAAAGCACAUUUUAAUAUUAAAUCUAAAAUAUCUCUUUUUUUAUUUAUUUAUUUUAGACGUAGGGAAGAUCUGGUGUUUAUGUGAGAUAUUAACUUUUGGGAUCUCGAUCUUCCUUGUGACGUUUCUUCUACUUAGUUUUGUAGUUAUCUGAAUUAUUUCAGAAUGACUGUCGUGUGCAUGGUUUUGCAGCUUUUCCAGACCUUGAUGUGAUUGUUGUUCUUACUCCAUUGAGAGAAUCUGAUCUUAUAGUUUGUGAUUUACUGUGAAGAUCAUAUUAUUAAUUUUCCGAUUUCAGGAUUCCUUGAGAUCUUUAUCACCUGUUUCUGGUGUUCAAAGCCUUUCUUCCAGUGUGCAAAGUACUCCAGAAAAGAAUGGCCAUUCAGAUGAUGCUUCAAGAAGUUCAGAACUCCUUCAGGAAUUCAUGAAACAUGGUCCAAAAAAGGAACUUCUUCAAACGUGCUUUGAUAAGGACAAAAAGAACACAUCUUCAAAAAACAGGAUGACUGAAGGAAAGUCAUCCGGUAAGGUUAUUAAGAAACAAGACACAAAAAAGGUUUCUAGUCUUAGUCGCCAGUCUUCAAAAAAACAACCUCGGAAGGGUGAGAACCCCAUUCGACUCAUACCUCCUCCUGGCCAGGAUUCUGAUUUAGGACAUCCGAGCACUUGGAUCUGUAAAAAUGCUGCUUGUAGGGCAGUUCUAUCAAUGGAUGACACUUUUUGUAGGCGAUGUUCUUGUUGUAUCUGUCAUCUUUUUGAUGAUAACAAGGAUCCUAGUCUUUGGUUAGUAUGCACAUCUGAAUCUACUCUAGGGGACUCCUGUGGAUUGUCUUGCCAUAUCGAAUGUGCCCUUCAACAUGAAAAAGUGGGAGUUGUUGAUCACGGGCAACUGAUGCAACUGGAUGGUGGCUAUUGCUGUGCGUCCUGUGGUAAAGUUACUGGGAUACUUGGAUGCUGGAAGAAACAGCUAAAUAUUGCAAAAGAUGUCCGGCGUGUAGAUGUACUCUGUUAUAGGAUAUAUUUGUGCUACAGACUUCUGAAUGGAACUUCAAAAUUCAAAGACCUGCAUCUAAUGGUUCAGGAGGCUAAGGCUAAACUGGAGACAGAAGUUGGUCCUCUUGACGGAGUUUCUGCCAAAAUGGCACGAGGCAUCGUCAGCAGACUCCCUAUUGCCAGUGAUGUGCAGAGUCUCUGCACUCUUGCUAUUGAGAAAGCUGAUAGCUGGCUGGCCACUGUUCCCAAUUUAAAUCCAGGUUCCAAAGAGGGUUCACUUCCUGCUGCUUGCAAGUUUGUUUUUGAAGAGGUAACAACUUCCUCUGUCAAAAUCAUUUUGAUUGAAAUGUCAAGUAUAUGUUCCGAGGACAUUAAGGGGUACAAGCUCUGGUAUUACAAAAGUCGGGAUGAGCCACACACAAAGGAUCCUGUUUCUGUGUUUCCCAAAUCUCAGAGGAGGAUUUUGAUAUCCGACCUUCAACCUUGCACGGAAUAUACUUUUAGAAUUGUAUCUUACACUGACAUGGGUGACCUGGGUCAUUCCGAGGCUAAAUGCUUCACUAAGAGCAUUGAGAUAGUUCAACAUAAAAUCUCUAAGUUUGUUGCUUCGAAUCAUAAAAAACUGAACUCUCAAGCCGGGGGUGAUUUUUCUGCAAUCACAGGCCCCAGAUUUAAGGUUCAAGACCUUGGGAAAAUUUUGCGUCUUGCUUGGGCUCAAGAACGUGGUUACUUUGAGGAGUGUUGCUCUGCUGAUAUGAAAAAUUGCUGCGGACAAGGUGAAAUGGACAAGCCUAAAAUUUCAGAAACGUGGUUUCCUUCAGAUUCGCGAGGCCUUGAUUUAAAUGUUGUUUCAGUCCCUGAUUUGAAUGAAGACCUAACACCUCCUUUUGAGUCUUCCAGGGAUGAAGGUAUUGGUUGCACUUUACUGCACGCUGUAGAGGCAGUUGAUGAUGCUGCUUCUCAUGACCUACAGAAAAAUGAUUUAGCAAGAUCACAUAGGAGUUGCGACUCACAAACCUGGGCUCAUGGCCCAAGAGAAGUCUCAGCUGUUGAUUCUCGUGUAUAUGCUGGCAGGAAAAGGGCUGCGAGAUCAAAUGAAGAAGGACAUGACUGCGACAGCACUUUAAUAAAUGGUUCUCCUUUACGUAUGCCGGAUGGUUCACGUUCCUUGGAUGAAAACUUUGAGUAUUGUGUGAAAGUAAUCCGUUGGCUAGAGUGUGAGGGUCACAUCAAACAGGAGUUUAGGUUAAAAUUGCUAACAUGGUUUAGUUUGAGAUCAACAGAGCAGGAACGCAGGGUGGUAAAUACCUACAUUCAAACUCUGAUGGACGAUCCAAGUAGUUUGGCAGGGCAACUGGUUGACUCUUUCUCUGAUAUUGUAUCCAACAAGAGGCCAAGAAAUGGAUUCAGUAGUAAAGCUGGGGCAUCAAAAUAAGCAUUAUCAUGUUAUACUAGUUUUUUAUUUACCACACACCCUCGUGUGAAGAGCCAUCUGAUUGUUUUUGCCUUCCCUGUACAGGCAUUUUUUUCCAAAAUUAAUUGCCCAUUGAAGGGAUUCAUUUUAUUGCAUUAGACAGGUUGUCUUGCUCAAAGAAUUCGCGUUGAUGAUUGCAGAAAAAGUAACUAAUUUUUCCUAGGAGGGAGAGAUGAAUGUUGGACGAAAAGUUUCAGAAUGCAAGGCAUGGUGUUACUUAGUAAAUUCCUGUAAUUAUUUUCAGUAUGAAUUUAUUCACAGAUGAUAUUAGCAUUGAAGUCUUUUUUUCAGUCUUUACUUGAAAAGGCUACAUGGUAUACUUGCUAAUUUUAUUCAAUCCAUUGGAUAUUUUUUAAUCUUU